CUUGCAUGUGCCACCGGCAUGAUUCUCCAGAUUGUGCAUCGGGGCCACUGUAUAUAAAGUAAACCCCGUUUCCGACACCGCUACGCUAACGGUGCUUCUCCAGGUCUUGGUUCCAGCACUCGACCCACCAUAGCUCCGAAGCCUUAUGGCGGUGCAGCACCGUAUGUCCGCGGUUGGCGGUCGGCUGCCCGGCUUCCGACGUCGCAACCCCGCCCAGGACCUCGGGAAACCGGGUGCCCCGGAUUUUAUGGUCACUGGAGGCUGUGUGUAUGCUUCCGGACACCCUGCUUAACUUUUGAGGUCUUUUCUCCUUCAAUUCAUUCCAUUCCACGAAACUCAAACGUCGGAUUCAUCAAUUUUUAUCAACAUUUUAUUUACUAUAAUUCGUUACCAUUGUUUACAUCAUGCCGCCUCCUAACCCCGACUGGGUCCAAGCCCUCAAGCCCUCCGGCGUCCAGGGCACCGAGCUGCUGCAGCAGGAGAGAGCAAAGUCCGAUGUCGACGUGGACCGCGUGGCCAAGUUCCUGUUUACCAGCGAAGUCUUGGAGCGAAAUGCAAAGAUCCUCAAGACGCUGCAAUCACACAAGGUCUUUGACAAGUCGGGCAAUUACUUUAAUGGCCGUACCGACCGAAUCAAGGCCGCCCUCGCUAGGGGCAAGAAGCUUCGACAGCUGUCUGUCGAGCACAAAUGGACUCCCGCCGAGUUUGUUGCCGCCAACGACUUAAUUGGCGAGCCUACUCCCUACGGCCUGCACGAGCACAUGUUCCUCAAGACGCUUCAGGAACAGGGCACCCCUGAGCAGCACAAGCUGUACUUGGAAAAGGCGCAAAACUACGAAUACAUUGGCUGCUAUGCCCAGACCGAGCUUGGCCACGGCUCCAAUGUCCGCGGUCUCGAGACGACGGCCACCUGGAACGGCGAGGACAAGACUUUUACGAUCCAUUCGCCCGCCUUGACGGCGUCCAAGUGGUGGAUCGGCUCUCUGGGCAAAGCUGCCAACCACGCCGUCGUCAUUGCCCAGCUCAUCAUUGACGGCAAGACAUACGGCCCCCACCCCUUUGUCGUGCAAAUCAGAGAUCUCAAGACACACAAGACCCUGCCCAACAUUCACGUUGGCGACAUUGGCCCCAAGUUUGGCUACAAUACCAUGGACAAUGGCUUCCUGCUCUUCAACAAGGUCAAGGUGCCGCACGUCAGCCUGCUCGCCCGCUUCUCGGGUGUCAACCCAGAGACUGGCAAGUACAUUAAGCCACAAAAUGCCGCGCUUGUCUACGGCACCAUGACCUAUGUCCGCUCCAACAUUGUGUUGCAGUCUGGAUCCGUGCUGGCCCGUGGUGUCACCAUUGCCACUCGUUACUGCGCUGUCCGCCGCCAGUUCCACGAUCGUGACAGCACCGACCCCGAGGCUGAAACUCAGGUCAUUGACUACACCAUGGUCCAAUACCGUCUGCUUCCCCUCAUUGCCACCACCUAUGCCCUGCACUUUACAGGCCGAGCCAUGCUCCGUCUCUACAGCGAGAACCAGGCUCGCAUGGCAGACGGCAAGGCCUCUGCUGCUACAGCAGCCCAGACACUUGCUGACUUGCACGCCACAUCCUGCGCCCUCAAGGCCUUUUCAUCUCAUGCCGCCGCCGAGGGUCUGGAGGUGAGUCGCCGCACCUGCGGAGGUCACGGCUACUCUGCCUUUUCCGGCAUUGGCAGCUGGUACGCAGACUACCUCCCCACUGUGACCUGGGAGGGUGACAACUACAUGUUGACGCAGCAGGUUGCGCGAUACCUGCUCAAGGCUGCCCGCGCGGUGCUUGCCGGCAAGCCCGCCGACAAUGAUAUUUCCAGAAUCCUCGCCGAGUUUAGACGCCGCCAGGACAUUGGUGCUGCGUUUGACGUGCUCGACGACGACGAGGACAUUGUCAAGGCGUUUGGCUGGCGAGCUGCGUUCUUGACCUUUGAGGCCCACAGACACCGAGACGAGAACAAGCAGUCGUGGAACAGCCUGCUGAUUGACUUUUGGAGACUGUCUACGGCCUUUUCGCAGUACUUGAUUGUCAAGAACUUUUACGAGACCCUCCAGGACCCAGCCACCAAGGCAGCCCUGAGCAUAACGGAGCUUGGUCUUCUCCGCAAGCUCUUCUUGCUCUUUUCACUGUACCACUUGCAGUCCAACGCCUCUGAGUUCUUUACUAGUGGCGCCACUACCGUCCGCCAGAUUCAGCUGGCUCGUACUACGCAGACGCUUGCCUUGUUGAAGGACAUUCGCCCCCACGCCGUCAAGCUGGUCGAUGCUUGGAGCUUCCCCGACUGGCAGCUCGACAGCUCGCUGGGCCGUGCUGACGGUAAAGUGUACGAGGACAUGUUCCACCGGGCGUCACAGCUGAACCCGCUCAACGAUAUAACGUUUGAUUCCAACCCCAACUCGCCUGUAUUGUUCCGCGAGGACAAGGCUAAGUUGUAAGCUGGAGGCAGGCAGAUUAGACUGCAAAUGACAAGCAAGAGAAGACCGAGCAUAUCGAAUUAGCACGUUAUUUUUAUGUUUUGUAUUUUGUACUUUUUACGAUUUUUAUUGGCUAGCAAUGCAUGCAUUUAUGACUAUUUCAUGUCUCUUUAGUACCUGUCUGUAUAUGUCACAACCGUCCACCUGCACAACCUGUGUUGAAAAUGUCCAAAUAAUUGUAAAUAACUGGAAAAUAUUCUUCUCGUUUUCUUUAUUACGAAUUUUCACAAAAUUAAAUAUUACAUGUUUUGACCCUAUUUGUGCUGCCAAUUUUGGCACAUGUCCGGAUUAGUCACCUUAUGUUAUAGGCGACCCAGAAAAUAUCGUCACUCCCUCUUCUGGCUUCUUCUUCUUCAAC